AUGAAUACGUGUAUGUCAGCAUGGGAACCGGUGUAUUACAAAAAGACACUGUCGUUAGAUGAACGAUCAAAUGUUCCGUUCAAGCAAGAUGGAUACCCGCCUCCUGCGCCUCCUAGUAAAUCAAAACGGGAAAUUUAUGACCCAGAAGAUUUCCGGAAAAUUGAAGAAAAGGCAAUAAAGGCUCCUGCAAAGUUACUGGACAGUUAUGACAGUCUGAUCAAGUACCUGACGGCGGGCUCCAAGACAGACUUAGAAAAACUGCGUGCAAUAUUUGUGUGGACCGGGUCUCAGAAGAUCGAAGCGAAGAACCUGGGUGCGGUGAAGAAACCCGACACCCCCCGGGCCUACAUGAAACUGAUCCAGGAGAGAAAAGGCAGCUACGGCUCACUUUUCGCCCUUCUUUGUCGGAAAGCUGGCUUGCCUUGUGUUAUAUUACCCGGGAUUGCCAAAAGUGCGUCAUAUGAGGUCGGUGACAGUGAAUUGGAACAUCUGAAGAACCGAUGGAAUGCCGUGUACGUAGACGGAGACUGGCGCUUGAUCCAUCCACUGUGGGCAUUUCGCUCGCUAUCAGGUCACAGCAGCGGAAACUGGACCCUGGUCGAGGCCGGUGGGGUUAAGAUUAACCAAAAGCAAGAGGCUUCAGAAGGUCAGUUGAAUUUUCAGGUGAAUGAUUACUGGUUCCUCACCGACCCCGAAGAGUUUUUCAUUCACUGUUUUCCGGAUGAGAAGGAAUGGCAGCUACUGGAAAAGGAAAGAGACCUACAAGACUUUUUGGAUGUGCCGUUUUGCCGCCAAGCGUUCCACGAACUAAAAUUUAGGCUAGAUCCAGGCAUGAAAUGCAAGCUGGACUCCCAGAAGGGCGAGAUAGACAUACCACUGCAACUGCCUGAGAAGCUGAAAGGCAAAAUUAAAGUGACUUACGAUUUAUUUCACAAAGACGAGGAUAGCACUGAAACGACACACGGCAAUGUGCAAUUGGACAGAUACGUUUUCAUGAAUCAGAAGAGCGACGAAAUUGCUUUUGGAAUUCGUUUUCCGGCAGCCGGUGUGUUCAAGAUUAGCAUCUAUGGCAAUGAUAUUUCCACGAACACGAAUGCUUUACGCUGGUUAUGUGACUUCCGGAUCGAUUGUUCCGAGCCAAAGGAGGACUGCCAGCCGCUCCCGGAUUGCCCGGAUAUAGGAUGGGGUCCUGGGGUAGAGGCGGAAGCUCUGGGUAUUCAGGCCAUCACCCAUGACAACGGACUCAUCAAGCUGAAUCGACGAGAAGUGAUCAUCAUCAAGUUCCGUUUGAGUCGACCGGUGGAGCUUCAAGCGGAGCUGCUUCAUAACUCGAUGAGGAAAAGUCGCCUGCAAAAGUACAUCAGUACGACCGUCACGGACACAGAAGCGACCAUCAAGGUAGACAAACUACCUGAAGAGGGCGGGGAAUUCGGACUGAAAAUGAGGUGUAAACCGGAUCCAUCCAGUCACGACCUGUUCUACAACGUGAUUAAUUAUCUCAUUCAGUCUCCUAAAGAAACGGGAAAGAAAGGAAAAAAGAAGGUGGAUAAAGAAACAGAAACGGAGAAGACCCGAACGUCGCCAAGUUACGGGAAAGAGAAUGGAUACUACCGACAGUUUAGAAAGAACAUGGUGGAGGCAUCUGAUGGGAACGAUUUCUAUGAGCUGGACAGAGCUAUUGUGUUGUUCGAAAAGCAUAGACUAGAGGACAGAGGCGACUUGACGCGCGCCAAAGAAAGGCGAGAAUUCCUGAAACUUAAGAAAGAUCUGGAGGAUGGUAUUAAGCGCCGUCAUGUGAACGUACUUGAUGUAGCUGUUCAGAAUGCUCGGAAUUCCAAGUACGAGAGCGAGCUUGACCCAGAACCGCUGGUGGGGGCGGAAGCCUUACUGGAGCAUCUCAGACGUCUGGACAGAUUCCGGCACCCCAUCCUCGCUCUUAACCAAAGGGCUAUCUCCGAGAUGGCUCGAUACAAUACUCCGAGGCCACUGGUCCAUAACGUCCUGAAAAGCACGUUUUUGCUGCUGGGCGAGAAACACCACCACAUUGAGCAAUGGCCUUAUAUCCAAGCUCUCUUGCGGAAGACGGGCCGAUACAGCUUGAAGAGGCGCAUCCAGGGCUUCGACACAGUGAACGUGACAGAGGAGACGGCCGACUUGUCGAGGCACUAUCUCCACAGCUACAAUCUCGACGAGGCUCGCCAGACCAGCGCCGUGGCCGGCUCCUUCUACCAGUGGAGUCAGAACGUUUUAGAGAGCGUGGAUGCGGACACACGGGAGUCGGAAGGCGAUGACUCGUGGGAACAGAACACUGACUACGGUAACACUGGCAGACACCGAGACUCCAUCGCCACAGACCGAAGCGACACCGAUGAAUAUCACUAG